UUUGUUGCACAGUUUACUUCAUUCGACGGACGCUAACAGUAAGAACUAGGAGGCACCAUUUCCCAGAAGAGUUUCCAAGAUGACCAGGCUAGCAAUCCUAGUAUUACUGUUGACGUUCGCCAACUUCUCGUCAGCUUUCUUUUUAUUCAGAGGUAACUCCGGAAUGGGCUUAAACAACUACAACAGAGGACUAAGUAGUUGGCUAAUGAGUAGUUUGGGGGGAUUCGGGGGUUCAGAAGCAGGCGACGCCGGUGACAUCAUUGAACAGCAACAAGCCAAUCAAAGACGAUUCAACUCGUUUGGCGGAGGCGGAUCCUUUGGAAAUUUUUGGGGUGGCAGGGGAAGCGGAGGGUACAGAGGGUUCAAUAGCCCUUACUUCUUAAAUCCAUAUGGUUUUUCUCUCUUUGAUGCCUAAGAUCACCAGAAAUCCUCUUGAAUUAAAUGGCACUGCCUAAAGGACCAUGUGAUACACCUGAUAUCAUCAGUCUCUCGCCUGAAUUUAAACUCUGCCGAUAUUGCAUUGGUGUGGAAAUUUCUAAUCAGUGUGCAAUGUGACUAUCAAUGAAAAUCAUCAUGCCAUAUAUUUAUAUAUCAAUAUUUUUUGUCAAUCAUGUAUGGAUAACCUAUAAGGAAUAAAUAAAACAACAAAAUUUA